AUAAUGAUGUAGAAAUAGAAAGUGGUGAUAAUACGGAAGAAGAAAAUGAUGUAGAAGUAGAGACAAUUGAGGGAGUAAAGUCUAUAGAAGCGGAAAGUGGUUAUAAUACGGAAGAAGAAAAUGAUAAUGAGGUAGCUAAGGGAGCAGCAAGGUCUAAUGAAGCAUUAAGAGCAAUAUUUAAAGCAGCAACAGAAACAAUUAUAGCG